GUCAACCACCUAUUCUACAUUGUAUUGAUUUUUUGUUACCAUUCAGCACAGGUUCCAUUUGCGAAGUUGUUCUCCACAGAAUAGCUAGUUGGCUCGUUAACUAAUGUUGACAUUUAGAGUUCGGGAAAACCGUUUGACAUCUGUUUUCACGUUGUUCAGGACUGCGCUUCCGCCAUAUUGAAGCAGUUCACUAGCGGCAAGUUGUGACUGACUGGCUAGGACCGAACUGACAAGAGAUCCGCUAGUCUCUAGAUAGACUUGGUGGGGCUGUUAGCGCGCUGGUGACGCAGGAAAAACACCCAAGAGCUGACAAAAAAAAACAACAACCAAAGGAACCAGAUUAUUCUAACUGACAGAGCUUCAAAUGAAAUAGCAAGAUAUAGGGCACAUUUAUGUAAUAAACGACACACUCGUCAAGGCUGGAGUAGCUCGUUAAUAGAGGAGAAGUCCUAUCAAAUUCCUGGUUAUGCAAUGGUCUCUGCGGCCCGUCCAGAUCUCCAGGUGGUUCUGUCCCUCUCUCUCGUGCCUCGGCCGCUGCUCUCCUCCCUCUGCUCUUCCUCUGAGGUUGCCGAGGCUCCUCCUGUGAUUUCCCUCGUGGUCAGUGCUGCCUAAGAGGCCAAGAUUGCCAAGAUCUGCCCAGUGGCGAGCAUGACGGCCACCACGCGUGGCUCUCCGGUGGGGGGCAACGACAGCCAGUCGGGCCAGGGCCAGGCACCCGAUGCCCAGAGUCAGAGUCAGCCCCCGCUGCCACAGAACCAGACGUUGUCCCCUAACUCGUCCAAUGAGAAUUCUCCAGUGAGCCCCCCGGAUGAGCAGGGUCAGGGGGAUGGACCCCCACAGCUGGAGGAGGAGGUGGAGGAGCCAGCCUUCCCUCACACAGACCUGACAAAGCUGGAUGACAUGAUCAACAGACCCCGCUGGGUGGUUCCAGUUCUGCCAAAGGGAGAGUUGGAGGUUCUUCUAGAAGCUGCUAUAGAGCUUAGUAAAAAGGAACUUGAUGUGAAGUGUGAGGCAUGCCAGAGGUUUUUCAGGGAUGGCCUGACCAUCUCUUUCACCAAGAUUCUCACAGACGAGGCCGUCAGCGGGUGGAAGUUUGAGAUACAUAGGUGUAUCAUCAACAACACCCACCGGCUGGUGGAGCUGUGUGUGGCCAAGCUCUCUCAGGACUGGUUCCCCUUGCUGGAGCUGCUGGCCAUGGCCUUCAACCCCCACUGCAAGUUUCACAUCUACAAUGGCACGAGGCCCUCUGAGACGGUGCCCGCCGGGGCGCAGCUGGCAGACGACGAGCUCUUUGCCCGCCCCCCUGACCCUCGCUCUCCAAAGGUAGGGUCUGAAUUCAAGGGCUGGUUGGUGGAUUUAAUUAACAAAUUCGGCACGUUAAACGGGUUUCAAACACUGCACGAUCGCUUCAUAAGUGGCCAAGCACUGAACGUCCAGAUCAUCGCUGCCCUUAUCAAGCCUUUCGGGCAGUGUUACGAGUUUCUCACGUUGCACACGGUGAAGAAGUACUUCCUGCCCGUCAUCGAGAUGGUUCCUCAGUUCCUGGAGAAUCUGACAGACGAGGAGCUGAAAAAGGAAGCCAAGAACGAAGCCAAAAAUGAUGCCCUGUCCAUGAUCAUCAAGUCCCUGAAGAACCUGGCCUCCAAGGUGCCUGGGCAGGAGGAGACUGUCAAGAACUUAGAGAUUUUUAGGUUAAAAAUGAUUCUUAGGUUAUUGCAAAUUUCCUCUUUUAAUGGCAAAAUGAAUGCACUAAACGAAGUAAACAAAGUCAUCUCCAGUGUGUCCUAUUACACACAUCGGCAUGGCAACCCCGAGGAGGAGGAGUGGCUAACUGCAGAACGCAUGGCGGAGUGGAUCCAGCAGAACCACAUCCUGUCCAUUGUGCUGAGGGACAGCCUCCACCAGCCUCAGUAUGUAGAGAAACUAGAGAAGAUACUGCGCUUCGUCAUCAAGGAGAAAGCUCUUACCAUGCAGGACCUGGACAACAUCUGGGCUGCACAGGCUGGUAAACAUGAGGCCAUUGUGAAGAACGUACACGACCUAUUGGCCAAGCUGGCCUGGGACUUCUCUCCUGAGCAGCUCGACCACCUCUUUGACUGCUUCAAGGCGAGUUGGACGAACGCCAGUAAGAAGCAACGUGAGAAGCUGUUGGAACUGAUCCGUCGCCUGGCGGAGGACGACAAGGAUGGCGUGAUGGCCCACAAGGUGCUGAACCUGUUGUGGAACCUGGCUCACAGCGAUGACGUGCCUGUAGACAUCAUGGACCAGGCACUCAGUGCUCACAUAAAGAUACUGGACUACAGUUGCUCUCAGGAUAGAGACACGCAGAAGAUCCAGUGGAUCGAUCGCUUCAUAGAAGAGUUGCGCACCAAUGACAAAUGGGUGAUUCCUGCACUAAAGCAGAUCCGAGAGAUCUGUAGCCUGUUCGGAGAGGCUCCUCAGAAUCUCAGAAAGAAAAUGCCUAUUAACAUACAAACGAACUUAGUGGGUCAGACCCAGAGGAGUCCUCAUGUGUUCUAUCGUCAUGACCUGAUUAACCAGCUGCAACACAACCAUGCCCUGGUCACGCUGGUGGCUGAGAACCUCUCUGCCUACAUGGAGACCAUGAGGCAGUUCUCUAAAGCCGAGCAGGCGGAGUUUGACCCCCAGACGGUGAGGGUAGGGAGCCGCUACAGCCACGUACAGGAAGUCCAGGAGAGACUCAACUUCCUGAGGUUCCUGCUGAAGGAUGGCCAGUUGUGGCUCUGUGCUCCUCAGGCCAAACAGAUCUGGAAGUGCCUGGCUGAGAACGCAGUCUUUCUUUGUGACCGAGAGGCCUGCUUCAAAUGGUACUCCAAGCUGAUGGGUGAUGAGCCAGACCUGGACCCGGACAUCAACAAGGACUUCUUUGAGAACAACGUUCUGCAGCUGGACCCGUCUCUGCUCACGGAGAACGGCAUGAAGUGCUUUGAGAGGUUCUUCAAGGCCGUCAACUGCAGGGAAGGCAAGCUGGUGGCCAAACGUAGGGCCUACAUGAUGGACGACCUGGAACUCAUAGGCCUGGACUACCUCUGGAGGGUCGUAAUUCAAGGGAGUGAUGACAUCGCCAGUCGAGCCAUAGACCUUCUGAAAGAGAUCUACACCAACCUUGGACCAAAACUACAAGUCAAUCAGGUAGAGAUCCACGAGGAUUUCAUCCAGUCAUGUUUUGACCGUCUGAAGGCGUCGUACGAUACUCUCUGUGUUCUGGAAGGGGACAAGGACAGCAUCAACUGUGCCCGGCAGGAGGCCAUCCGCAUGGUCCGUGUGCUCACUGUGCUCAAGGAGUACAUCAACGAGUGUGACAGUGACUACCAUGAGGAGAGGACCAUACUGCCCAUGUCCAGGGCGUUUCGGGGGAAGCACAUCACGUUGAUCGUGCGUUUCCCUAACCAGGGCCGUCAGGUGGAUGACCUGGACAUCUGGUCUCACACCAACGACACCAUUGGCUCAGUGCGCCGCGGUAUCCUCACACGCAUCAAGGCCAACGCCACGCACACCAAGAUAGAGCUCUUCAUUGGCGGGGAGGUUGUUGACCCAGCCGACGACAGGAAGCUGAUUGGCCAGCUCAACCUGAAAGACAAAACGUUGAUCACAGCCAAGCUGACCCAGGUGAGUGCCAACAUGCCCUCCAGCCCAGACAGCUCCUCGGACUCUUCCACUGGCUCACCGGGUAACCAUGGCAACCACUUCAGCGAAGGGCCCAACCCCGAGGUGGAGAGCUGCCUCCCUGGAGUGAUCAUGUCUCUCCACCUGCGCUACGUCUCCUUCCUGUGGCAGGUAGCAGACCUGGGCUGUAGCCCCAACAUGCCUCUGCUACGAGACGGAGCCAGAGUACUGAUGAAGCUGAUGCCUCCAGAUAACAGUACCGUGGAGAACCUGCGUGGUGUAUGUCUGGACCAUGCCAAGCUGGGAGAGAACGGCCUCAGCCCAACACUGGACUCACGCUUCUUUGGCCCCUCGCCAUCACAAGUCCUCUACCUCAUAGAGGUGGUGUAUGCCCUGCUCAUGCCAGCCAGCUCCACAUUGGGUGAGGACGCCAGCGACUUCCAGUACAACUUCCUGAAGAGUGGCGGGCUACCGCUGGUACUGAGCAUGCUCACGCGUAACAACUUCCUGCCGUCGGCCGACAUGGAGACGCGGCGAGGGGCGUACCUCAACGCUCUUAAGAUCGGCAAACUGCUGCUCACCGCUGUUGGGUUCGGACACGUCAAAGCUGUGGCCGAGGCUUGUCAGCCCAACGCUGAGGGGACCACACCCGUCUCACCGAUUAACCAGGCCACUCACGACCAGGCUUUGGUCCUCCAGAGUGCCCUGCAGAACCUCCCCAACCCUGCCUCUGAGUGCAUGCUCCGCAAUGUAGCUAUACGCCUGGCCCAACAGAUCUCUGACGAGAACUUCUUCCAGGCGUCGAAGUACAUCCCUGAGAUCUGUGUGAUCCGGGCGGUGCAGAAGAUAGCAUGGGCUUCAGGCUGUGGCACCAUACAGUUGGUCUUCAGCUCCAAUGAAGAGCUCAGCAAAAUCUAUGAGAAGACAAACGUGGUUAAAGAGCCGGACGGGGAGGAUGAGCAGGUGUGCUGUGAGGCCCUGGAGGUCAUGACCCUGUGUUUCGCCCUGCUGCCCACCGCUCUGGACACACUCAGUAAGGAGAAGGCCUGGCAGACCUUCAUCAUAGACCUGCUACUGCACUGCCACAGCAAGUCAGUUCGUCAGAUGGCCCAGGAGCAGUUCUUCCUUAUGGCCACCAGGUGCUGCAUGGGCCACCGACCCCUCCUCUUCUUCAUCACCCUCCUCUUCACUGUGCUGGGGAGCACAGCUAAAGAGCGGGCCAAGCAUGCUGGGGACUACUUCACCCUGCUCAGGCACCUCCUGAACUACGCCUACAACAGCAACAUCAACCUGCCCAACGCAGAGGUGUUGCUCAACAACGAGAUCGACUGGCUGAAGAAGAUCAGGGAUGAGGUGAAGAGGACAGGGGAGACGGGCGUUGAGGAGACCAUCCUGGAGGGACACAUCGGAGUUACCAAGGAGUUGCUGGCCUUCCAGACACCAGAGAAGAAGUACUACAUCGGCUGUGAGAAUGGAGGGGCCAACCUCAUCAAGGAGUUGAUGGACGACUUCAUCUUCCCAGCAUCUAACGUGUACCUGCAGUACAUGAAGAGCGGGGAGUUCCCUACGGAGCAGGCCAUCCCUGUCUGUAGCAGCCCCGCCUCCAUCAACGCAGGCUUCGAGCUGCUGGUGGCUCUGUCAGUGAGCUGUGUCCGGAACCUCAAGCAGAUCGUCAACAUGCUCACUGACAUGUACUACCUAGGUUGUGAAGCUCUGACAGAGUGGGAGUAUCUCCCUCCGGUGGGGCCGCGGCCCACUAAAGGCUUUGUGGGGCUGAAGAACGCUGGGGCCACCUGCUACAUGAACUCAGUCAUCCAGCAGCUUUACAUGAUCCCUCCCAUCCGCGACGGAAUCCUGGCCAUCGAGGGCACCGGCACCGACGUGGACGAUGACAUGUCCGGCGACGAGAAGCAGGAGAGCGAGAGUAACGCAGACCCGCGGGAUGAGGUGUUUAGCUAUAACCACCAGUUUGACGACAAGCCGUCGCUCAGUAAGUCGGAGGACAGGAAGGAGUACAACAUUGGGGUGCUGCGCCACCUACAGGUCAUCUUUGGUCACCUGGCCUCCUCCAGACUGCAGUACUACGUACCCCGGGGCUUCUGGAAACAGUUCAGGUUAUGGGGUGAGCCGGUGAACCUGCGAGAGCAGCACGAUGCCCUGGAGUUCUUCAACUCCCUAGUGGACAGUCUGGAUGAGGCUCUGAAGGCCCUGGGUCACCCGGCCAUGCUUAGCAAGGUGCUGGGGGGAUCCUUCGCCGACCAGAAGAUCUGCCAGGGGUGCCCACAUAGAUAUGAGUGUGAGGAGUCGUUCACCACUCUGAAUGUAGACAUCAGGAACCACCAGAACCUGUUGGACUCUAUGGAGCAGUAUGUCAAGGGAGACCUGCUGGAGGGAGCCAACGCAUACCACUGUGAGAAGUGCAACAAGAAGGUGGACACAGUGAAGCGUCUGCUGAUCAAGAAGCUUCCUCCAGUGCUGGCCAUCCAGCUGAAGAGGUUUGACUACGACUGGGAGAGGGAGUGUGCCAUCAAGUUCAAUGACUACUUUGAGUUCCCCAGGGAGCUGGACAUGGAGCCCUACACUGUAGCCGGGGUGGCCAAGCUGGAGGGGGACGACGUCAACCCAGAGAAUCAGGUGAUCCAGCAGAACGAGCCCUCUGAUCCAGAGCCCCCGGGCAGCUCCAAGUACCGCCUGGUGGGGGUGCUGGUCCACUCAGGCCAGGCCAGCGGCGGACACUACUACUCCUACAUCACGCAGAGGAACGUGGGCGUGGCCGACGGCGAGCGGAACCGCUGGUACAAGUUUGACGACGGAGACGUGACUGAGUGCAAGAUGGACGACGAGGAGGAGAUGAAGAACCAGUGCUUCGGAGGGGAGUACAUGGGCGAGGUGUUUGACCACAUGAUGAAGAGGAUGUCCUACCGGCGCCAGAAACGCUGGUGGAAUGCCUACAUCCUCUUCUACGAACGCAUGGACUCAUUGGACAAGGACAGUGAGCUGGUCAAGUACAUCCAGGAGCUGACCAUCUCGUCCUCGUCCAACAACAAGCCGUCGCACCAGGUCAAGAUGCCCAACGUGAUCGAGUGCAGCGUGCGCAAGCAGAACGUGCAGUUCAUGCACAACCGUAUGCAAUACAGCCUGGAGUAUUUCCAGUUUGUUAAGAAACUUCUGACCUGUAACAGUGUCUAUUUAAACCCUCCGCCAGGACAAGACCAUCUACUGCCCGAUGCAGAGGAGAUGGCUAUGAUUAGUGUUCAGCUGGCUGCUAGGUUCCUCUUCAGCACUGGUUUCCACACCAAGAAAGUAGUGAGGGGGGCCGCCAGUGACUGGUAUGAUGCGCUGUGCGUCCUGCUGAGACACAGUAAGAAUGUACGCUACUGGUUUGCACAAAACAUCCUGUUUGCCUACGCCAACCGCUUCUCCGAGUACCUGCUGGAGUGCCCCAGCGCUGAGGUCCGGGGCGCGUUCGCCAAACUCAUCGUCUUCAUCGCACACUUCUCCCUUCAAGACGGACCCUGCCCCCCGCCCACAGCAUCCCCUGCCGGCGCCUCCACCCAAUCACAGGCGUGUGAUAACCUGCGUCUCAGUGACCACCUGUUGAGGGCUGUGUUGAACCUCCUCAGGAGAGAGGUGUCAGAGCAUGGCCGACACCUGCAGCAGUACUUCAACCUCUUCGUCAUGUAUGCCAACCUAGGGCUGGCAGAGAAGACUCAGUUGUUGAAGCUGAGUGUCCCAGCUACCUUCAUGCUGGUGGCUCUAGACGAGGGACCCGGUCCUCCCAUCAAGUACCAGUAUGCAGAGCUGGGGAAACUCUACACCGUGGUCUCCCAGCUGGUGCGCUGCUGUGAUGUGGCCGCACGCAUGCAGUCAUCCAUCAAUGGUAACCCCCCUCUCCCUAACCCGUACGGCGAUGCCAACCAGACCACCCCGGUGAUGCCUGUGCAGCAGCUGGUGGGAGAGAUCCUUUUUGUUAGGACCAGCUACGUGAAGAAGAUCAUCGAGGACUGCAGCAACUCAGAGGAGACAGUCAAGCUGCUGCGCUUCAGCUGCUGGGAAAAUCCCCAGUUCUCCUCUACUGUGCUAUCAGAGCUGCUCUGGCAGGUGGCGUACUCCUACACCUACGAGCUGAGGCCUUACCUGGACCUGCUGCUGCAGAUCCUGCUCAUCGAGGACUCCUGGCAGACACACAGGAUCCACAACGUGUUGAAGGGUAUACCAGACGACAGGGACGGCCUGUUUGACACCAUUCAGCGCUCCAAGAACCACUACCAGAAACGGGCCUACCAGUGUAUCAAGUGCAUGGUGGCCCUGUUCAGCAGCUGCUCUGUGGCCUACCAGAUCCUACAGAGUAACGGGGACCUGAAGCGUAAGUGGACCUGGGCGGUGGAGUGGCUGGGGGAUGAGCUGGAGAGGAGACCCUACACAGGGAACCCCCAGUACACCUACAACAACUGGUCUCCACCCGUCCAGAGCAACGAGACCUCCAACGGGUACUUCCUGGAGCGCUCGCACUCUGCACGUUUGACCCUGGCCAAGGCCUGCGAACUUUGCCCCGAGGAGUGUCACUUAACGAAGCCCGGGGAGGCCAUGUCUGAAGAAGAAGCUGCCAUGCGGAAAUCGUCCUCGCCACAGCAGCUUUUGCCAGGGGACGGGACAGGACCACAGCAACACACUGAGCCCGAUGACCAGGAAGCCUCUGAAGAUCAGGACACCUCCCCUCCAGAGGACACCUCCCUCUACCCACACUCAUCUCCUGGGACGACCACACAGUUUCAGCAGCCAUACACAGGCCCUGCUGCCCAGCUCAUGAACAACCCCCAGCACCCUGGCCCUGCCCCUUCUACCCCAGGCCCUGACCCCGGCCCAAGAGCACAAGAGAACUGGGAGAGCACUGAGGAGGUCCCCUCCACCUCCACGGCCCCUACCUCACCUAAGGAGUAACACCAGCACUCCCCUCUGCUGUACCUCCAGCCUCCUGCUCUCUUUCCUCUCCCCUCCAGGUGACUGACCAAGCUCCUGAUCGGGACUGUCUUUCUCUUUGGGGUCUCCAGGGCAGGGCCAGGCUUCACAGCUCCUCUCCAGGCCCCCUCAAGUCUCUCAUGCUACUGUGCUGCCUGCCUGGGGGUGCUCUCCCCUGGGUUCUGCAUACUGGAGCCUGGGGCUGUCGACUGCAGAGGGGAUAGUGUUGUAAUGAACAUAGAAUACCCAGGCUUGACGAUGCUGACACACUUGUCAACAUGACGAAAUGGUGUACAUAGUGUGUUUGUUUUGACUGUUAAAAUGACCCCCCCCCCUGUCAGGUUUGCUGUUCGGAGAGAUCUUGCGAGAAACAAAAAUAACAAAAAAAAACAUAUUUUUGUUUUAUCACCCUCAGCAGUGAUAUUUGGUCUGCCAUCGGACGGUUACCGGUCAUUCACCUUAAGGAGGACACAUUGUUAUUAUUAGUAAGGUCCUUGGCAACCUCUUGACCGAUGCCAAAUCAACUGACGAGCUGGGGUUGGUUUUAGUGAGACAUGGAAUGGUUGGGUUAACUUUUAUGGUGUUUUGGUUGAUGUGAAAAAAUGGUGAUGCAACAUUGUUCUGGAACUCGUUGCCUUUUUUUUUUGGUAAUUGAUCUUUUCGGAAGUUCUAGUUAAUAUGCUGUAAUGUUUAGCAUGGCUUCUCACCCGAAUAGCAUAGCUCAAGGGAAGAUAUGUGAUAACAUCUGUCCUUCAUCCACAGAGGACAAUUCCUUAUGGCUUUUAUUUUCUCAUCGUCCCCUUGUACAUUGUAAUUUUGAACCAAUACAAAGUGGUUUUUCAAUUGCACAUUAUUGUAAUCCAACUAAACAUUCGCCAGUCCAUUUUUGUUGGGAUAGUGUGCUUAGUAUUCAUCUAUAGGAAUUUUGAGAAAGAAAAACACCAUGUAUGAAACCCGAUUUCUCUGCAGUCUCUUUGGCAGAGACUAGGCAAACGCCGGGGCUAACCAGGCUGGUCCACUCUGGGGCCGUAGCGUCAGACUUCUCUCCUUGGAGAAGGGGCACACUGUAUCGGCUGAUUAGUCGUGUUGCAACAUGGGCUAAGUAAUUCUUUAAGAUUUAAAAAGGUAUACAUCAGUAAAACUAUUUAAUUGCUAACUUGAAUGUGUGUAUUUUGGGGAUUUGUCUAAAGUACCAAAUAUUCUGCCCACCAUAAUACUUUGCUCUUAUUUUAUAGAAUUUAUUUUGUAUUUCACACAAAGAAUAGAAUUUGAUUUAUAAACAUUUUGUCCUUGUCUUAUUUUUAAAGGUAUUGACUGUACAGAGUUCGGCACCCUGUUUUUUUGCCAUGGUGUGACGUUGAAUUCUGGAGCUACAGUCGCAAUGUGAACUUUCACUGAGGUUUUUUUGUGCACAGAAAUAUAGAAGCAUUUGCGCCCUUAGCAAAUAAAGAACAUGGAAUAUUGUAUUCAUGUAACCGACUUGG